AUGGACCAAUAUGCUCUCGACGACCCAGGCCGAUCGGCGGCAGACGUCUAUGCUGAGCGGGCGCGCAAGGUGACUAAGCAGCCCACUGGACUGGUGUGGCAGCAGGAGCCAGAGCUUGUCGACUACGACGAAGGCAUUACGCGAGGGGACGGGUAUACGGACCCCAUUACGUGUUUGAUAUUUCCUGCCAUGCGACUGGGCUUCUUUCUCCAACUCGGCUCGCUGGCCCUGAUGCUGUUCAUGCACUUGGGCCAGGGAGGCGGGGUAUGGACGUUCGAUUUGUUCAACGUCGGAGAGACUAUGCGGAACUCGGCCACCUUCACCUUCGCAAUGUGUUGUCUCUUGUUCGGCUACGGGCUAGGAACAGCCGGCUUAUUGCUCUUUCAAUGCUUCAUAACUGACAACGGCAAGUAUAGUCGAGGUUUCCGAGCGGGCUCUAAGCUCUUCCAGUCGGCGCUGUUAUUGGAUCUCCUGGUGCUUUGCAUCCGUUUCAUCGCUUUCGUUUACAGUCAUCACUUCCUGAACGACCGCUGGUGGACUCACUUGAACCAAACACGCGCGGAUUUCUCGCUCUUCCACUUUGGUCAUCUGAUUCACGGCAUCGCGCUGAUGCUGUAUGGCCUGGGCAUGUUCUACAUGGAGGUGUAUCAUGAUGAAGGCACGUAUGAGGAAUUCGGCUGGUCGUUAUUGAGUCUAUUCGGACUGGCGGGCUUUUUGGAGAUCUUGAUGGUGUUCACCAACUUCGGCGCCUUCUUCGGGUACGUGCAACUAUUGGCGCUCACGGGUGCAGUCAUUUGGGCCAUGUCAUUCGAACCCCUGCUCCACUACCACGCCUCUGCGCUCCACGACCGCACCGUGAACGAUAGUCUGCUGGUGAACAACUAUGCACCAAUCAACGACGAGGCCAACGCCGACGCCUAUGAAUUCGCUCGGGCCCCUGGCACACGACCCGGUGCUAAACUCGCCUCCAAUACCUCCGCCUUCGCGGCCGCUGCUGGUCCUCCAGCAGGCAACAGCUUCUACCUCUAG